GUUGCACAGGACAGGGUCAGCACAUACUAAGCUCACGAGGCAACCUCAUAACAAACGGUGACCACGGUCUCUUUUGUAUCUACAAAGAAAAUAUAACCAACAAUCAAUCUUCUGUAUCGCAUCGCAUCGCAUCAAACCACAUCACAUCGCAUCAAUCAAUCAUGGCACCGCCGCUCGAACUCUCGAUACCUAGCACAAUUCUCUCAAAUGCUCCAAAUGAGAAGCCCUAUACUCUCUACAACAUUACGCUCCGUCUUCCUCUUCGAACCUUCGUCGUCCAGAAACGCUAUUCCGAUUUUGUUACCCUCCAUUCUUCCCUCUGCGCCCAGGUUUCCAGUCCACCUCCCGCUCCUCUCCCAGGGAAAACAUGGUUCAAAAGUACGAUCAACUCUCCCGAAUUGACAGAAGACCGUCGUCGCGGUCUCGAAACCUAUCUCCGCAGCAUCGCAGAAAAUCCCGAUCGAAGAUGGAGAGAAACAAGCAUUUGGCGACAAUUCCUAAACCUGCCUAGCAAUAGUGGAAACGCAAGUUUGAGUAGCGCGAGAGAGGGACUUAUUGCUGCGAACCAAAGAGGUGUGGGUGGGAAUGCGGAGGUUAUGGCGGAUCCCCAGGUGUGGUUGGAUGUUCAUCGCGAAUUGAAGGCGCAGCUGCAUGACGCGAGAUUGUUCUUGGGGAGGAGAGACAGCGCGAACACGGCGGCGGGACAAUACGAGGCGGGCGCGAACGCGAAGAGGUGUUUGGUCAAGGCUGGCGGACUACUUAAGGAUUUGGAAGAAGGCUUGAGGGUCAUGGGUGAAGGGGAGAAAAAUGGGAGAGGAGAGGCAAGGGUCGGCGCGGGUGAAUUGAGGAGGAGAAGAGAUCUUUUGGGUAGCGCAAAGGUGGAAAAGGAGGGCUUGGAAAAAUUGGCAGUUACAUUGGCAGUCAAGAAUCAAGCCAGCUCGAGUUCAGCAAAUGGCGGUGCGGCAGCGACACAAGCGGAUAAAAACGCAUUAUUUGGACCGGGAGUAUCGCGACCCAGUGGACGAGUUCUUGGCGCGCCAAUUCCUGAAACGAACAAAACGAGAGAAUUGGAUAAUGAGGGGGUGUUACAAUUACAAAAGGAAUUGAUGCAGAAUCAGGAUAUGGAUGUGGAAGAACUUGGCAAGAUUGUGAGGAGACAGCGAGAAAUGGGUUUGGCGAUUCAUGGAGAAUUGGAAUUGCAAAAUGAGAUGUUGAAGAGGGUGGAUGAGGAUGCUGAUCGAGUCAAGGGGAAGAUCAACAUUGCAAAAAAGAGAAUUGCAAAGAUUCGUUAGAUGUGAUACAUAUUGUACGAAACGGAAGGCACGAAAUGUACAUGGGUAUCUGACAAUGGGAAUCAGCGUGGAGUUCAUGGGUCUACUUGCUCGCUACUUUGACGCAUAGGAAUAGGGAUAAAUUGGUAUGUCAGGGAACACUUGUAUAUUGUACUUUUAAUAUAUUUAAUCGAGGGAGCUGGUCAUUAUAUGAAUAGUUUAAUAAUGUAGUACUUGGGAAUUCCAACGUCCAUAGCACGGAAUAUCAUACCGUUGUUUCUUCA